AUGGCAGAUUUCGAAGAUUCUACAACUCCAACGUGGAGAAAUUUGAUUGAAGGCCAAAAAAAUUUAUAUGACGCCAUUCGCGGUGAAAUUUCUUAUCAAGAUCCUCAAAGUGGAAAACAAUACGAAGUUGGUUCAAAACCUGCGGUCCUAAUGAUCCGGCCCAGAGGUUGGCAUUUGCCAGAAUUGCAUGUUAAAGUCGAUGGUGAACCGAUGUCUGGAUCGAUUUUUGAUUUUGCUCUUUAUGUUUUCAAUAACGCCAAAAAAUUGAUGGAAAAUGGAACCGGACCGUAUCUGUAUCUUCCAAAAAUGGAAAACUAUCAUGAAGCUGAACUUUGGAACGAAGUUUUGGAUGCCGCAGAAGAUUAUUUGAAAUUGCCCCGAGGAACCAUUAAGGAUAAAAUCCGCGAAGCCACUGAAGGCCAUGAUGGAACUUGGGUUGCGCAUCCAGGUCUCGUCAAUGUGGCCGCCGAAGCCUUCAACGAAGUAAUGGGUAUAAAAUCGAACCAAGUGGAUCGUCAAAGACCUGAUGUAAAUCCGUCUGCAGCGGAUUUAAUCCAGUUUCCGACUGGAGAACGCACGGAAGUUGGACUUCGACAUAAUAUCAAUGUUACGUUGGGCUAUUUGGAAUCUUGGCUACGCGGAACUGGUAAGGACAUAAGCUUUCGAAACUAA